UUGUGGUCGGUGGUAGUCUCCGCCCUGAACGGUUUUUAACCGGAAUCAAAUCUCCAGGAAGAUGGGAUCUGGGUGGGGACGGUGGUUCAAAUUAGCCGCCGUAGUGGCGGUGCUGGCGAUUUUGAGAGAGUUAGGGAAGCGAUACGGAUGGGAAAUUGACAGAGAAGCGGCUCUCAAGGUGUUCGACCAAUGGUCCGAUCGAUUGGGGAUAUGGGCCAUGCCUGCGUAUGUCGGCAUCCAUACCUUCACACUUGCUCUCUGUUUGCCCUACGCCGUAUUCUUUGAGGCCACUGCUUCUUUGCUCUUCGGCUUCUUCCCCGCCGUGAUUUGCGUUUUCUGUGCCAAGGUGCUUGGGGCUUCCCUUUCCUUCUGGAUCGGCAGGUUACUUUUUAGGAAUUCAAGUUCAGCUAUGGAGUGGGCCCAGAGGAAUAAAUACUUCCAUCUUCUUUGUAGAGGAGUAGAGCAAGAUGGUUGGAAAUUUGUCCUUCUUGCUCGAUUUUCACCAAUUCCCUCAUACGUUAUAAAUUAUGCUCUUGCAGCAACCAAAGUGGGGUUCUUUUUAGAUUUUCUGGUGCCAACUGUGAUGGGAUGCUUGCCAAUGAUACUUCAGAAUACGUCAAUUGGCAGUCUCGCUGGUGCUGCAGUUGCUUCAGCCUCUGGGUCUCAGAAAUCUCAGAUAUGGUCGUACAUUUUUCCUGUACUUGGUAUUGGAUCCAGCAUUCUUAUUUCCUGGAGGAUUAAAAAGUACUCUACUGGACUCGCAGUGCCUGAAAGUUCCUCUACUGUUGACCCAUCUAAAACCAAAGUACUGUAGUCAUACCUUUUCUUUUCUUUCUUAAGAGAUUAUUAGAUUGAUGCCACAUUUUCGGCUUUUGAUUUAUGAGUCCCGGAGGUUUUAUUAUAAUCUUCAUCAGUGAUACAACACAAGACAUAAUCUCCAAGUUGAGAGGGAGCAAAGAAAAAUGUUUAG